GAAGCGAGGGGCAGUCUCGCGCGGUUGGCAGCGGGAUGGCGGUUGUUGCGGAAUAGCCGAUGAGGCUAACUGCUGCUUUUGCCUGAAUCUCGGGCUUCUCCUCAGAUCGGGAGAGGGUCUGGCUGGGGCUGUUGUACUCUCCCCCCCACAUGAGGGAGAGUGGAGGGGGGCAGCUGGCCCCUCUCCCGCCCCACCACGCUCCUGAGGGAUGAAGGCGGCCCAGGGGGGCGCCGAGGCCGAAGCUCUCUGGGCGGUUUACAGAGAUGGAGUAGAUCUGAGGAGGGAGGAGACCUCCACUGAAGUGGUAAUCCAGCAAUUAACAGCAGUAGCCUCUUUUGCAGAAGCGGAGAAACUGAAUAAGAUGAGUUCCCUCCUAGAAAGGCUUCAUGUCAAGUUUAAUCCCAACAGCAGACCUUGGACAGAAACCAUGAAGCUUGUCCGGCAAGUUAUGGAAAAACGAGUUGUAAUGAACUCUGGAGGUCACCAGAACCUUGUCAGCUGCUUAGAAACUUUGCAGAAGGCCUUAAAAGUGACAUCUCUACCUGCCAUGACCGAUCGCUUAGAAUCCAUUGCAAGACAAAAUGGCCUUGGAUCUCAUCUUAGUGCAAAUGGCACUGAAUGUUACAUAACUUCAGACAUGUUCUAUGUGGAAGUCCAUUUGGAUCCUACAGGACAGCUGUGUGAUGUUAAAGUGGCACAUCAUGGAGAAAACCCUGUGAGUUGCCCAGAGCUGGUGCAGCAUCUAAGAGAGAGAAAUUUUGAAGAAUUUUCUAAGCACCUGAAGGGUCUUGUCAAUCUGUAUAAACUGCCGGGUGACAACAAACUGAAAACUAAAAUGUACUUGGCUCUUCAGUCCUUGGAGCUUGAUCUUUCAAAGAUGGCAGGGAUGUACUGGCAAGCCACCAAUGCAAGCCCUUUGGAUAAGAUUCUACAUGGCAGUGUGGGCUAUCUCACCCUAAGGAGUGGAGGCCACUUGAUGAAUCUGAAGUAUUAUGUUUCACCCUAUGAUUUGAUUGAAGAAUGUACUGGAGCUCCCAUUAUUCUGAAUGAGAAUGUUCCUCGAUACCUGGGUAUGAAUGUAUGUGUUACAAUUGAGGGAACACUGACAAUGAACAAACUUCCAAUUGCCCCUCUGAUUAUGGGGUCUCAUCCUGUGGACAACAAAGGGACACCUUCUUUCUCCUCAAUUACCAGUGCCAAUAGUGUUGAUCUGCCAGCUUGCUUCUUCUUGAAGUUCCCACGGCCUAUUCCAGUAUCUCGGGCUUUCAUUCAGAAACUUCAGAACUGCACAGGCAUACCACUGUUUGACACCACCCCAACAUAUGUCCCUUUAUAUGAACUUAUCACAAAAUUUGAGCUAUCCAAGGAAGAUGACCCUGGACCAUUGAAUCACAACAUGCGCUUUUAUGCGGCUUUGCCAGGGCAGCAGCACUGCUACUUCCUCAACAAAGAUGCUCCCUUGCCAGAUGGACGAAGUCUUCAAGGAACUCUACUCUGCAAAAUUGCUUUCCACCAUCCUAGUCGGGUGCCUCUCAUCCUCAAUUUGAUCAGGCAUCAAGUGGCCUACAACACUCUGAUAGGCAGCUGCGUCAAGCGAACAGUUUUAAAAGAAGAUUCCCCUGGCAUCCUGCAAUUUGAAGUUUGCCCUCUGUCCGAUUCCUGUUUCAGUGUGUCCUUUCAGCAUCCUGUAAAUGAUUCCUUGGUUUGUGUGGUAAUGGAUGUCCAAGAUUCUACCCAUGUGAACUGCAAAUUGUAUAAAGGGCUCUCUGAUGCACUCAUCUGCACAGAUGACUUCAUUGCUAAAGUUGUUCAAAGAUGCAUGUCAAUACCUGUGACCAUGAGAGCCAUUCGGAGAAAGGCCGAGACAAUCCAAGCAGAUACACCAGCCUUGUCCCUCAUUGCUGAGACAGUUGAAGACAUGGUGAAAAAGAACCUGCCCCCUGCCAGCAGCCCAGGUUAUGGCAUGACUACCGGCAGCAACCCCAUGAGUGGCACCACCACCCCAACCAGCACCUUCCCUGGGGGACCCAUCUCCACCUUGUUCACUAUGAGCAUGGGCAUAAAAGAGCGGCAUGAUUCAGUGGGCCAUGGGGAAGACUUUAGCAAAGUGUCUCAGAACCCCAUUCUUACAAGCUUGCUACAAAUCACAGGCAAUGUGGGCUCCACCAUUGGCUCCAGUCCCACUCCUCCACACCACACACCUCCCCCUGUGUCAUCUCCUGCAAGCAACACCAAGAACCACCCAAUGCUCAUGAAUCUGCUGAAGGACAAUCCAGCUCAAGAUUUCUCAUCGCUCUAUGGGAACAGCCCACUUGAGAGGCAGAACUCCUCUUCUGGCUCCCCAAGAAUGGAAAUAGGUCCCGGGGGCAACAAGCAAAAAAAGAAAAAAUCACGUGUUCUGGUGGACAAACCCAAGCAUCAAACUGAAGAUGACUUCCAAAGAGAGCUGUUCUCCAUGGACGUUGACUCCCAGAAUCCCAUUUUUGAUGUCAAUAUGACCACUGACACUUUAGAUACCCCUCAUAUUACUCCAGCUCCCAGUCAGUGCAGCACUCCACCAACAACGUAUCCACAGUCUAUACCUCAUACCCAGCCCAGUAUUCAGAGGAUGGUUCGGCUCUCCAGCUCAGAUAGCAUUGGUGCUGAUGUCACAGAUAUCCUUUCAGACAUAGCAGAAGAAGCAUCCAAGCUGCCAAGCACUAAUGAAGAUUGCCCUCCUAUUGGGACACCAGUAAGGGACUCAUCCAGUUCAGGGCAUUCCCAAAGUGCUCUGUUUGAUCCUGAUGUCUUUCAGUCAAACAAUAGUGAAAACCCUUACACUGAUCCAGCUGACCUGAUUGCUGAUGCCACUGUGAGCCCAAAUAGUGACUCUUCAAAUCAGUUUUUUCCUGAUGGAGUUGAUUUCAAUCCCGACCUCCUGAACAGCCAGAGUCAAAGCGGUUUUGGAGAAGAGUACUUUGAUGAUAGCAGCCAGAGUGGAGACGCUGAUGACUUCAAGGGCUUUGCAUCACAAACGAUAAGUACUCUGGGUGUGCAAGUUCUGGGGGGAGAUGGAGGGGAGAGUAAAUUCAAGGCAAGCAGCCAAACGGACACAGUCGACUUUAGUAUUAUCACUGCUGCCAGCAAGGCUCUGGGGGUCUCUGAUGUCAUGGAGCAUCAUAGUGGAAGCCAGAGUCCCUUAUUGAGCACAGGAGAUUUGGGGAAGGAAAAGUCGCAGAAGCGGGUCAAAGAGGGUAAUGGAUCCGGGAGUUCUUUAACGGGCCCUGGGCUGGAUGGCAAGGGUGGAAAACGCAGCCGCACCCCAUCCAGUGAUGGGAAGAGUAAAGAAAAGGUCCAGAAGAGGAGGAAGGUGGAGCCAGAAGGCAAAUCUCCCUCUCAUAGUUCAUCUAACAGGCCUUUCACCCCACCAGCAAGCACAGGUGGCUCAAAAUCUCCUGGAAGUUCAGGCAGGUCUCAAACACCCCCUGGGGUAGCCACUCCUCCCAUCCCCAAAAUCACCAUCCAGAUUCCCAAGGGAACAGUGACUGUUGGCAAACCUUCCCAUGGGCAGUACACAAGCAGUGGCUCAGUCUCCUCUUUGAGCAGCAAAAGUCAUCACAGUCAUUCCUCCUCCUCCUCUUCCUCCUCCUCCUCAUCAUCCUCGUCCUCUUCGUCUUCCUCCUCGACCUCGGGCAAAAUAAAGAGCAGCAAGUCAGAUGGGUCUUCUGGGUCCAAGAUGAGCAGCAGCCUCUACUCGGGCCAAGGCGGCUCUGGAUCAGGUCAGUCCAAAAGCUCCACCCAAUCAGUGGGCAAGCCUGGGUCCUCCCCCAUCACAAAACACGGCCUCAGCAGCGGCUCUGGAGGUACCAAGAUCAAACCUCAAGGGAAGCCUUCAUCGCUUAUGAACCCUUCCAUGAGUAAACCAAACAUUUCUCCUUCUCAUUCUAGACCCUCGGGCGGUUCUGACAAGCUGGCCUCUCCGAUGAAACCCGUUCCAGGUACUCCCCCGUCGUCUAAAGCAAAGUCCCCUAUUAGUUCCGGUUCUGGAAGUUCACACAUGUCUGGGACAGGAUCAAGCUCAAGCAUGAAGUCAUCUUCAGGGAUGGGAUCCUCCAAUUCCAUGUCCCAGAAGCCACCCCCUUCUUCAAAUUCUUCCUUGGGAUCUUCAUCUUCCUUCUCAUCCAGCAGCUCUUCCAUGUCCUCAUCUCAGAAUCAGCACGGAAGUUCAAAAGGCAAGUCUCCAAGCCGGAACAAAAAGCCAUCUUUGACUGCUGUCAUUGACAAACUCAAGCAUGGUGUUACCAGCGGCCCUGGUGGGGAAGACUCAAUGGAUGGACAGAUGGUCCAGAGUUCCAGUUCCUCAAGUCAUUCCAUGUCCUCCAAACACAGCCUUUCUGGAGGUGAAUUGCAGGGGAAACGGGAGAGAAGUGACAAGGAAAAAUCCAAAGUCUCUGUUUCAGGAGGCUCCUCCGAUUCUUCCAAGAAGACAUCUGAUUCAAAGAAUGUUGGAAGCACUGGAGUGGCCAAGAUCAUCAUCAGCAAACAUGACGGUGGCUCUCCUAGCAUUAAAGCCAAAGUUACCUUGCAAAAGCCUGGGGAAGGAGGUGGAGAUGGCUUAAGGCCUCAGAUGACAUCCUCCAAAAGCUAUGGAUCACCACUGAUAAGUGGUUCUACUCCAAAGCAUGAGCGCUGUUCUCCCAGUCACAGUAAGUCUCCUGCAUAUACUCCCCAAAACAUUGACAGCGAGAGUGAAUCAGGAUCAUCCAUAGCAGAGAAAUCCUAUCAGAACAGCCCCAGCUCCGAUGAUGGAAUUAGGCCUCUUCCAGAAUAUAGCUCGGAAAAGCAUAAGAAACACAAAAAAGAAAAGAAGAAAGUAAAAGAUAAAGACCGUGAUAGAGAUAGGGAUCGUGAGAAAGAGAGAGACAAAAAGAAAACUCACAGCAUUAAACCAGAGAGCUGGUCUAAAUCUCCCAUCUCUUCAGAACAGUCUCUGUCUAUGACAAGCAGUGCCAUUCUUACAUCAGACAGGCCAUCCAGGCCCAGCCCUGAUUUUUUGAUUGGGGAGGAAGAUGAGGAUCUCAUGGAUGUUGCCCUGAUAAGAAAUUGAGAAUAUGUGUCCAAGGUGGGGGGAGGGGCUGGAUGUUUCAUUUAGUGUUUUUAAAAUGUUUUUAAUGUUGUGAGUGAGACGACACCCAUGCGGGUUCAAGAAAAACCAAACUUUUGAUUUGGAUUUGAUAGAUGGAGCAUAGUAAAAAAAUAUUUUUUAGCUUUUCUACUACAAAGAAUCGAUGCAUCAAGCUGUUAGAUGUAGGUCUGUCUGUCACUUGUCCCCAUUUACAUGCCUGUGAACUGGCAAGACAGGACUGAAACUUGGGCACAAGUUUAAAUGUUUUACUUUUUUUACUUCAGGUGUAAGAAAACUUUGGCCCUCAUGAUGUUGCUGAACUACAACUUCCAUCCUCCCUGUCAUGGAGGGAUGGCCAUGGCCAACAGCUUGCUGGAACUGAUGGGAGUUGUAGUACAGCAACAUCUGGAGGGCUAAAGGUUCCCCACACCUGUUUUAGUUGAGCAAGAUUUUCCCCUUGCACCACUAUUAUAGGAACAUUUCCAUUUUGGUGCAUAUUUUUUAACACAUUUGGUGUCUAGGAUUUAAGUUGGGUUGGGUUUUAUUAUUCAUGCUUGGAGUAUUUCUACUAAAAAUAAUUAGUGGAAUUGGUUCAGUGUCUGGUAUCUCUUCUAGCUCUCCCAGGUGCUGACUGCCAUCUUCUGUUAAAAAUAAAAUGUGAGAUGGAACUCUGUUCAGUGAAUAGCACCAUGCUUGGCCCUCAUCCAAAUAGUGAAGUAUUUGACAUAGAUAUGUUAAUGCAUUUUACAGCCAUUAGACUUAAUCUUUGUAUUAUAAAAAAAUAAUAAUUUUUACAUCCAGGAAGCUCUGUUGGUUUUCAUGCAUGUCUUCUGCGUUAUAAAUGGAUAGUGCAAGAUGGCAACUGGGUGGGAAAAAGAAAGUGAGGGUUUGGUCGGAGUCCCUUGGGUGUAGGAUUUUGGAUUUCUUGGUCCUUGUUGUAGUUUUGAUGUAGGUAAAAACCCAUGUAGGAGAGAAUGCUGUUAAAAUAAGUGGGAUGUUGUGCUCUUUUUGCCUCAGUGUAUCUAGCUUGAUGGCAUGGAUGUGGAUCAGUUACCUCUUUGGUAUGAGACCCACUGCAGCUUGGCUCCUCUUUACACUACAGAAACGUAGGAACCUUAAGGUCAUACGGGAUGAAUCAACAGUGCAGCUACUUCCUUUGGUAGUUGCCUCAAUACCUAGGAGGGUGAAGUGGCUGCAUCAUUUACUCCUCCCAUAUAACUUCAAGGCUCCUAGGUUACUAGAACAGCAUAGGGAACAGCAACGCUGGAGCAACCUAAAGGCCAGUGAGAUAGUAUAUGGUUCCAUACUUGUUAAGAAGGAGCCUAUAAUGUGUGAGUGGUCAAAAUACAUGCUUAGCAGAUUUGCACUUCAGUUACCACCUUGUUACAAGUUGAGGGCAACAUUGUAGAAUUUUCCUAUAAUCAUAUACCAUCUGUAUCCGGUGCUAUCAUACUGGAUUAAGAUUCACCAUUAGAAUUUACCUUCACGUGUUCUGUUGUAGGCCAUGAACCAUAGGCAUAUGGACCUUGUCUUGAUAGCUGCUGUCCUGUUCUGUUCAGUUUCUUCACAUGGAACAUUCUCUGCUAUUCAAGAGAAUAGGGCAGCCCCUGGUCACACAGAGCUCCAUGCAUGUACUAGAGUAUCUGAAUUGUGCAUGGACAGCAUACAGCAGUAAUGGGGAACCUGUGCCCCUCCAGGUGUUGCUGGACUAACUCUUUUUAUCCUUGACCAUUAGCCAUACUGUCUGGGGCUGAUGGGAGCUGGAAUCCAGCGACAUCUGGAGUGCCAUAGCUUCCUUAUCCCUGGCAUGCAUCGACCCAUACUGAGCAUAGCAGUGGUUGCAGGACUGUGUGAUAGCUAACUCUGCAUCCCAAACUGUUUGCACCCUUAGAAGGUAUUGUGUGAUGGCUCUGCCCCACUAUGGAUCCUCUAAUUUAAAUGUUUUAUCAGGGAUACACACACAACCACAUUCUGCAGUUUCCCUGUCUCACAUUCCUGUUUCCAAGGUACUGAAAAUCAUAAAUUCAGAGUAAAUGACAUGAUUCAUUCACUGGAAGAGACUGAGUGGGGUGCAUAAGUCUUUGAAACAGCAAGAGUGUUUUUGUGAUAGCAACAUUAUCGAAUGUAAUUCUGUAUCUUCUGGCCACAGCAGUUGUCAUCUGUUUGAUUUUAACAGUAUUUUCAUUUAGGGGAAGCUGGGUUCUGAGCAGCACAGUGUGCAACUUUCAAAAUAGGAGGCUUCACUGUUCAGGGCUUUAGAAAUCUUAUUGUAUCCCACCAGCAACAUCUGUGUGGUGUUUUCAUAAUGGGGCACAUAUUAUAGUUCUUGUAUCAUCUGUAAUUCGAAUAGUAUUUACAGGAUGAAGUCUGUAAGGAGCAAUAAGUACUGGCAGUGUCUAAAAUAUUAAGAGGUAUUGGCUCUUGAACCAUGAUUCUUCUAGAUCAUUUAGAGUGGUUACUCAUUUGGGUCCCAAAGUUAAACACAGCCAGAUUUUUUUUUUCCAGAGGGCAGCUCUCUUUGUUCAAUAGUAGGCUUUUGAGUUAUGCAGAAAAGGUUCUUCAGACUAAAAACAAGACUUGAUCCAGUGUACCGCAGGUGCAGCAUGUACUCAUGAAGGGAUUUCCAUGUAAGCUUCAUAGUUUUCCUUGGCAUACAUGCAUUCUGUGCCAGGCUGUAAUGAGGUAUGAAAGGGUGUGCAUAGGUCUUACGUUCCCAAUAUGUGCUGAGCAUCCAAAUAUAUGUCUCUGUUGGGGUGGGGGGAGAGAUGGGAAUUGUUUUAGGGUCCCUCUAUGCAUAGAUUGGAUUGAGCCAAAUUAGUUCUAUGUUAAGUCUAAAGCCUACCAUACUAAUAAGGGAAAAACAAUUUUGAAACCUGUUUUACCAUCCAAGCAGGGUGUUAAUAAAGAUUUACAACCUGCUUUUAAUGCAUGAUACCCUCUUCUUGCUCAGCAGUGAUAGUUUUGUCCAUAGGGAAAAAGGUGGCCAUUCAAAGAAUAGUUCCACCAAUUAGAAUUGGAGUUCAUAUGUCAGUAUCACACAAUCCUUUUCUGUGUUAAAAUAUCUCGUUUACUUCUAAAAGCGCAUUUAUUUGUUCACAAUACUCUACAUCUUUCAGUAUUGUAAAGACAAACAGGAAAAAGUCAAACCUUUUAAUCUCAGGUGAAGCUACUUACAUUGAGAUUAAGGUUGGUUCUUUUGUAAAUAGUAGGUCCUUUACUCUUGUUUUGUGAACAGUUGUGUAAAUACUGCUUCUGGUGACUGAUGGGAUGGAAAAGAAGCAUAAUGUAUGCUUAGUUUUUUAAAAAAGUACUUCAAAUAACAUGUUGGUUUUACAUGCAAAUAAAUUUUGUUUGGUAGAAAUGUUUGCCUCAUCACAAUUUUUGUACUUUACAAAUGAUGGCAUCUACCUGGAUAGAUUGUCAAGUAAGUCCUGCUUUGGAAAAAGAGAGGCCUUUUUCGCAGUCAUUACUUCAAAACUUGUACACAGCUGGAAGUAUACUCCAUCAGCACCACAACUGUUUAAUAUUAGCCAUAACUGUAGUAGAUGCUGAAUAAUUGUAGAGGUUAUAGUCCCCUUUCCAUGGCUAGUAGUCUGCUUUUUUAUGUUGGGAACUGAGUUGUCUAAUUGCCUAUCCAUCCUAUUUCCCCAGAUUCUUGGACGACAGUAUGGAAAAUUAGUACUGAUGAUGAACACAUUUUGUUUUUACACAUGCUACAUGAUUGGUUUCUCAGUGGGUUGGUUUGUUUCAUUCUU